AUGGCUUUACAUUUUUUUACCUUCAUUUUCGCAAUAGCUUUGCUUCUCCUCAUCCACGGAAACAUUGUCAAUGGCGAGGAUCACGGUCCUGAAAUCUCGUACAGCGGCAACAAAAAUGGUCCAUAUCAAUGGGGAAGUAUUAAUCCAGCUUACCUCAAAUGUAGGACGGGGAAAGAACAAUCGCCAAUAGAUAUUGUGGUCGAUCAAGUUCUUAUCAACAAGAACUUGGCGCCAUUGUCAACCGAAUAUGUUCCCAUCGUCAAUGCUACUCUUAUCAACCAUAAAUACUUCAUUGAGCUGCAUUUGGGAGAAGGAAAAUUCCAUAUAAAUGAGAAAGAAUACACAUUGGCACAAAUGCAUUGGCAUACACCAUCUGAACAUAGGAUCAACGGUGUCCAAUAUGAUGCCGAGAGCCAUAUGGUCCAUGUAGCUGCCGAUGGAAGCAAGGCAGUUAUUGGAAUCUUGUACAAAAUUGGAAAGGCAGACCCCCUCCUCUCUACGAUUCAAGAUAAAUUUGUUGAGCUUGCGAAUGGGCACAAAGAAAUUAUAGAGGAAGAAGUUAUAGACGUAGAAAAAAUUGUACCUAAAAAUGUUAAAGGCAAAUAUUACCGUUAUAUGGGAUCCCUUACUACUCCUCCAUGUGUGGAAAAUAUUACUUGGACACUUCUAGCUAAGGAGAGAUCAAUUUCAAAAAAGCAGAUACAAAUUUUGAAAGGACCGUUGGAUUCAAAAAGCAAAUCCAACUUCAGGCCGGUGCAACCAAUCAACUUACGACACGUGGAAGUAAAUUAGUUAUAAAUUUAUUUUUA